GCCAGGCUCCCGCCGCCGCCAUGAUCCCCCCGGCCGACUCUCUGCUCAAGUACGACACCCCGGUGUUGGUGAGCCGGAACACGGAGAAACGGAGCCCCAAAGCUCGGCCGCUGAAAGCCAGCCCCCAGCAGCCGGGACCCUCCAGUCCAAUCCCACAGAUAACCAAGACCAAGCUCCCCUCAACUUCCUGUGUCCCAGAUCCUACAAAGCAGGCAGAAGAAAUUUUGAAUGCCAUUCUGCCCCCAAGGGAGUGGGUAGAAGACACGCAGCUAUGGAUCCAGCAGGUGUCCAGCACCCCCAGCACCAGGAUGGACGUGGUACACCUGCAGGAGCAGCUAGACCUGAAGCUGCAGCAGCGGCAGGCCAGGGAGACUGGCAUCUGCCCGGUCCGCAGGGAGCUCUACUCGCAGUGUUUUGACGAGCUGAUCCGGGAGGUCACGAUCAACUGCGCCGAGCGGGGGCUGCUGCUGCUGCGCGUCCGGGACGAGAUCCGCAUGACCAUCGCCGCCUACCAGACCCUGUACGAGAGCAGCGUGGCCUUCGGCAUGCGGAAGGCGCUGCAGGCCGAGCAGGGGAAGUCGGACAUGGAGAGGAAAAUUGCAGAACUGGAGACGGAAAAGAGAGACCUGGAGAGGCAAGUAAACGAGCAGAAGGCAAAAUGUGAGGCCACGGAGAAGCGGGAGAGCGAGAAGCGCCAGGUGGAGGAGAAGCGGCACAAUGAGGAGAUUCAGUUCCUGAAGCGGACCAACCAGCAGCUGAAGGCCCAACUGGAAGGCAUUAUUGCACCGAAGAAGUGAUAAUUUCCAUAUGGGCCUUAGCAAGCGUGACCACCCCAUCAAAAGCCCUUGGUAAUAAAAAGCUAGUUUCCUGAGUGAACAAGCCAUCCCUCCCCUGAUCACCACCUGCAUGUGCCAGAAGCCACCUGAGCUCUGGCAGCCAGGCCCCUGGCUGGGCAAUGGAAGGUGGCGUAGCCGAGUCUCCGUAGGUGGCUGACUGACCGGGGCUCUGCCAACUCUGACUCUCAAAGUACUGCUCCCCUGCCAUCUCCGCACACCAUCACUAACUCCUGGUCAAAUGAAGCUGUCUGCCCCUCCAAGGCUGGGUUCACGACGCACCGCAAACCCUACCAUGGGCUUCUCUGGUCUCUCUUCCCUUAUUGUGUGUCUUUUUUCCUCCUCCAAAACAUUUCCACUAACUCAUUGUGGAACUUUGGUUUUCUACUGCAGCAUCUCAUCCCCACCUACCAAGUCAGCUCCCCUCCCUCCUUAGUUUCAGACAGCCCAGGUGAGGGAGCAGUGACAGGCAACCUGCAGCUUUGGAGGGAGGAAAUGUUUGCUGGAGGGGAGGCCAAGCCCUAGCUUGGCAACUGUGUGCACCUGAGCUCCUCCAUACUGGAUGAGAUCUGGUCACCUUCUGCAGAGAUCCGACCCCAAACACCUCCCAAACUAGCUGUGUUUGAUUUACACAGAGGCAGCCAAAUCUCACGCACAGUUCUCAUUACAAUGACCAGGCCGUGGCCUCUACACAGCCGCACUUUUCUAUUCCUCUAAGUUAAAUGUCAGGAGGCUUAGGUCUCUAAGCGUUUGGCAGACUCAGAAGACUGAAUUAGUGACAUAAAUCUGUAAUUCAGGGCAGCAAGCUGGGCGACCCCAUGAUGGAGUAGAGGCUGACAAGUGCCAUGAGCUAAGGCAGCGCUCACAAGCCUGCUGGGGGCCUGAAGCGCUCAGUGUCCCGUGCAGCCGUGAGAAGAGGCGCCCUCCCUGGCACAGCCUCAAGCUGACAUCCCUCCUGCUCGGGGAGUCCAGACACCUGACUCACUCUUCGCUGUAACUUGCUGUCCCAGCUCUUCCCCUUGUCCAGUGCUGUAAGGUGACCCACCCACGGGCAUUUCCACAGGAGGCUACUGUUGUUCCUUGAGAUCCUAAAUGGGUCCACGUGACAGACUCAGUGAGAGACAGGAGCUGCUGGAGCUUUUCCCGCAUGUAUGAAAGGCUGGCCCAUGGCCACCAGCACCUUUGCCAUGCGCGUCUGACAGUUCUGUUGCAAGAAAGGCCACUUUCCACCAUGUAGACCUCACCUCCCGUCUCCGCCAGGCAUUUCCAGAGCAAGGCUGCGCUCGGAGGGACCGGGAGGGCUCACUGGAGCAUGCAGUGCCAGUGGACUUGACCACGAAACCCGGAAGCGUGAGGGGCUCUGUCAGUAUUGUCAGCAGACGGCAGCACUGUGGCCCUAGAAAUGCCAACUGGGUGGAAGAAAACGGACACACGUUCUAGUUGCGUAUUUUUGUAUAAUUUAAUAAACCUU